GGGAAUUUGAUACCACAAUCGCUACUGCAAGGUAAUAGGACGAUAAACACUCAAGGGUAAAAACGCUUCUGUUUCAAAAAUAGUUGUACGAUAAUUUUCAUCUUUGAAAAUGAAACUCUUCCCAGUACUUAUAGUCGUUGCUGUUGUUUUGGGGCAAGUAAUUUCGUCAGAAGAGGACGAAGAAAUGGAGGAAACAUUGAAGUUUCUUAAAAAUAUAUACUGUAAUGAAAAUAUGGCAGAAAUAAAAGACUAUUUGGUUGAAUGUAUAAAAGUUUACGAAGAUUCAAUGCAUACAGAUGUUACGCUUGAGUGUCAUCCGGAUUGGGAAGAGUAUAAACUUGAGACUGCGAUACAGUAUAUUUGCGAAACUGAUGAUGAAGAAUUAUUGAAGACAGCAAAAUGUGAACAAGACUCACUGAUGAAGUCUGAAAAAAAAGAAGAAAUUCUAGCUGCGGCUGAAUUGACUAUGGCUUGCUUCAAGAAAAAAAUGGAUGCGAUGGAAGAACAAGGCUCCAAUUCGAAGUAACUUAGGAGGUAUUGCUCUAAGUUUUAAUUCGAAGUAAACGAAAUUGUCUUAGUGUUUGUAUAUAAUUUUCCACAUAUUGUGUCAAAUGAUGCGAAUAAAGUUUGAA